UUAUAAUAAUAUUAUACCAUUGACUUGCUCAAUCAAAGGUCUCCUCCAACAAUACUAAUCAAAGAUCAAAAUCAGUGGCAAACAAAAUGAACCAACACCUAUUCUGCAGUGGGUUAGAGGUUGCUAGCUUCAUUGUCAGCUCUGGGUUGCUCAGACUUUCCUGGGCUAAAAUCUUGGAUUGUUAUGUGGGAUUCAACCAAAAUGAGCCAAGAAAUUCUGGGUUUUCAUUAAGAUGGAAAUGUUAUGCAGAAGCUAAUGUUAACGUCAUUGUUUUCAUUACUUCUCCUAUUUGUACCAAAUCUCACCUUCAAAACUCAAAAGAAUCGAUUCCUUCUACGGCUAAUAAGGAGAGUUUUCGAGUCUUUGAAUUCCUCUGCAACAACGGCAACUCUUUCUGUAUCCAUAAAGCAGCAAUUUCCCUUUUUGAUGAUCACUUUGACGAGCUCUUGCAGUUGAAAACUCAGUGUGGAAGGAGUGCCAAGCCCUUAAUUUUAACAGGGAAUUCAUUAGGGGGAUCAAUUGCCUCACUCUUCACCUUAUGGGUGCUUGAAAGUCUUGAUAUAUCGACGGUGAAACGGCCCCUCUGUCUCACGUUCGGGUCACCUCUCCUCGGUGACAAAGGGUUCCAACAAGCCAUUUCACAACAUCCUACAUGGAAUUCAUGUUUCCUCCAUGUUGCUGCAACAAGCAAAGACUCCAUCCCAGGACUCUUCAUUGUUCCAUCCCAUUAUCUUAAUUCCGCGAUUGAAGCUUCUAAAUACGGUCAUUACAAGCCUUUUGGUACCUUUCUUUUAUGCUGUGAAAACGGAUGUGCUUGCUCUGAGAACCCAGAAGCUGUCUCUGAGGUACUGAUGCUGUUCAGAACGGAAGCUGCUGCCAACGAAGAACGGACGAUCGAUGUUUAUGGCAGGAUAGUUGAACAAUUCGAGUCAGUGAUAAUCCGUCAAGGCAUCUCACAGCUUGGUAAGCCGAUGUUGAGUUCGCUUCAAGCUGGAACAACCUUGCUAAUAGAAGCUAUUAGAACACGAAAAGAACAGAAUCAUCAGCAAAAAAGCAAUGAAUUGGACAACCUGAUCAAGAAACUGGAAGAAUUGGAAGUGACAUGUAUGUUGAACAAGAGGAAGGUAUUUGACCCUGCAAAGAAACUAAAUGACAUGAAAAUAAAAAUGGCAUUUCUAGAAUGGUAUAAGAAGUGUGACAAGGUUAAAGAAAUUGGUUACUAUGAUUUUUACAAGAACCGGUCAGCUCGAUCGGAUCACGAUAUCACCAAGCACAAGAAAUUCCUCACGAAAAACUGGGAAAAAAUCGUUGCCCAAGCCGAGAAAAAGCCUCAGAAACAACUGGUUCACCUUGAAUCACGGUGGCUGUAUUCCGGUACAACAUGUCGGAGAAUGAUCGAGCCACUCGAUAUAGCGGACUACUACCGAAAUGGCGGAAGGAACUAUGUGACUAACGGCAGACCGCAUCAUUACAUCAAGUUGGAGCAAUGGUUGGAAGAAGACGAGAGACAGAGCGGGGUUUCAGUCGACAGCAAGCAGAAACAAAGUGUGGAUGUUAUUCUAACGUACGAUUCUUGCUUUUGGGCUCAAGUCGAAGAGGCUCGAAUACGCUGCAAAUCAAUGGAGGCUGUGGAUAUCGAGUUCGAAGAGAGGGAGUCUUCAAGGCAGAAACUGAAGGAGUUUGAGGCUUAUGUCAUGGAACAGAUCAAUAAAUCUGCGGUAUCUUCUGAGAUUUUCUUGAAAGGUAGCAGUUUCAUGCAAUGGUGGAAAGAGUAUGAGAAGAUAAUGGAGCCUGAUUACAAUUCACCAUUGACAAACUUCGUGAAGAACAGUAAAUUUCUGCAGUAUGGUAGUGGAUGCUUGACACUCGAUUAACAAAUACCAGUAAUAAUAGUCUUAGAGUGCAUGGAAUGUAAUAUUACCGGUGGUAUAAAAGAUUAUCAGAGAAUAGAUUAUUGAGAAUGUUGUAUUUUUUAU